CAACGUCAUGACAACAGAGAAGAGUUUAGUGGCUGAGGCUGAAAAUCCACAGCAGCAACAACAGAAAGAAGAGGGUGAGGGAGCCACAAACUCAGGUCAACAGGAAACUCAGCUGGAAGAGGCUUCUCAAGCAGCAGCCGAGGGAGAUAAUCAGUGUGAGCAGAAGCUGAAAACAUCUAAUGGAGACACUCCAACACAUGAAGAUUUGACCAAGAACAAGGAGCGGACAUCAGAAAACAGGGGCCUGUCACGGCUGUUCUCCUCAUUUCUCAAAAGGCCUAAAUCUCAGGUCUCUGAGGAAGAAGGCAAAGAAGUAGAGUCAGCGAAAGAGAAAGGUGAAGGUCAUAAAGAGAUAGAAUUUGGAGCCAGUCUUGACGAAGAGAUCAUUUUAAAGGCCCCAAUUGCAGCUCCUGAGCCUGAGCUCAAAACAGACCCAUCCUUGGAUCUUCAUUCAUUAAGCAGUGCAGAAACACAGCCUGCUCAGGAAGAACACAGAGAAGAUCCCGAUUUUCAGACUGAGGAAGGAGGAGGACUUGAAGACUGCUCUAAAAUAGAAGUAAAAGAAGAAAGUCCUGAAUCAAUAGCAGAAAGAGAAUUAAAAGCUUCCCAGAAAUCGAUCAGAAGACACAGAAACAUGCAUUGCAAGGUUUCUUUGUUGGAUGACACAGUUUAUGAAUGUGUUGUGGAGAAACAUGCUAAGGGACAAGAUUUACUUAAACGAGUAUGUGAACACCUCAAUCUUUUGGAAGAAGACUACUUUGGUCUAGCCAUUUGGGAUAAUGCAACCUCUAAGACAUGGCUGGAUUCUGCCAAAGAAAUAAAAAAGCAGGUUCGUGGUGUCCCUUGGAAUUUCACAUUUAAUGUAAAGUUUUAUCCACCUGACCCAGCACAGUUAACAGAAGAUAUAACAAGGUAUUAUUUAUGUCUUCAACUUCGGCAGGACAUAGUUGCAGGACGUCUGCCCUGUUCAUUUGCAACCUUAGCAUUAUUAGGUUCUUAUACCAUCCAGUCUGAGCUGGGAGACUAUGACCCAGAACUCCAUGGUGCAGAUUAUGUUAGUGAUUUUAAACUGGCCCCAAAUCAGACCAAGGAACUUGAAGAGAAGGUCAUGGAACUGCAUAAGUCAUACAGGUCCAUGACUCCAGCUCAGGCUGACCUGGAAUUUCUUGAGAAUGCCAAAAAGUUGUCUAUGUAUGGUGUUGACCUUCAUAAAGCAAAGGACUUGGAGGGAGUGGAUAUCAUCCUAGGUGUCUGCUCUAGUGGCCUUCUGGUUUACAAAGAUAAGCUGAGAAUUAACCGCUUUCCUUGGCCCAAAGUGCUGAAGAUUUCUUACAAACGUAGCAGCUUUUUCAUUAAGAUUCGGCCUGGAGAGCAAGAACAGUAUGAAAGUACCAUCGGAUUCAAACUUCCCAGUUACCGAGCAGCUAAGAAAUUAUGGAAAGUCUGUGUAGAGCAUCACACAUUUUUCAGACUGACAUCUACAGACACCAUUCCUAAAAGCAAAUUUCUUGCCCUGGGAUCCAAAUUUCGAUACAGUGGCCGAACUCAGGCUCAGACCAGGCAAGCUAGUGCUCUGAUUGACAGGCCUGCCCCACACUUUGAGCGUACAGCAAGCAAACGGGCAUCCCGAAGCCUUGAUGGAGCAGCAGCCGUUGAUUCAGCAGACCGAAGUCCUCGGCCCACCUCUGCACCAGCCAUUGCUCAGAGUCAGGCCGCAGAAGACAGCGUCCCAGGUGCACCUGUUAAAAAAGCAGUGGUUUCUGAAGCACCGAAGGAAACAGUGCAGGUUGAAGUGAAAAAGGAAGAAGUGCCACCUGAGCAGCCUGAGCCAGAGCUCACAGAAGUGUGGAAGGUGGAAAAAACCCACAUCGAGGUCACAGUACCCACCUCAAAUGGUGACCAAACACAGAAGCUUGCAGAAAAAACUGAAGAUCUGAUAAGAAUGAGGAAGAAAAAGAGAGAGAGACUAGAUGGUGAAAACAUUUAUAUCAGACAUAGCAAUUUAAUGUUGGAGGAUUUAGACAAAAGUCAAGAAGAGAUCAAAAAACAUCAUGCCAGCAUCAGUGAGCUGAAAAAGAACUUCAUGGAAUCUGUACCAGAACCACGGCCUAGUGAAUGGGAUAAACGCUUAUCCACUCACUCUCCCUUUCGAACACUUAACAUCAAUGGGCAAAUCCCUACAGGAGAAGGAGUGAAGAAAACCUCUGUCCUUCCCUCGGAAAGAAAGGUUGGUGGGCCAGAGACACAGGAACGUGCUCUGUUAGUGCAGGAUGAAGAGAAAAUUAAAAGGCAAGAGAGAUCUACUGAAAGCGCCUUGCCCCAGCAAGAAAAUGAAGAAAUUCUUCCCAAGGUUUCUAUUCCAAUCCCUGAGGAUCACAAGUUUCUCAAAAAGUGCCACCUCUACUCUAGUACUUUUUCAUCUCCUCGUAUUCCUUUUGUGAUGUCUCUUCUCGUGGUUCUUGCAUUGGCUGUCUGGUGGUUGGUCUUUCUGUGAUCGGAAAACGGGUGCUCAUCUGAAAUGUCAAGACUAAAACCAUUGAACUUUGUUGUUCGCUUCUCCUGUGUUAUCUCCUGUGUGAUGCCCUCUGAUCUUGACAGUUCACUGUCCUAAGGGAGAGUCUGUGAUCAUUUUUCUGUCAAUAAAAUGUUACUCUUUGUAGAAUAUAUAUCAUGGGGUACAAAGGAGUAGCAAUGGAUUGCUCAAGCCAGUUUUCCUCACCAAAGUUUAACAAGUUUAGGCAAAUCUGAUUUACCCAUAUGGCAGGUUGGUACUUUCCCCAAAAGCUUUAACUCUUUUAUCCUGCAUGUUCUUAUUGUUCACUGUUGCUAUGUCCUCCUCUCUGGUGUUUCACAGAAAGCAGGAUAUCCUGUAGAAACAUUUGAUGGAAUAUUUUCCUAAUCUUCGAUAGUUAUUUGUGGGGCAUGGGCUCUGUAGUUUAAGAAAAAAAUUCAAGUUGCUAACCUUUCAAAAGCCUUAAAAUGAUACAUUUUAAUCUGUGAAUCUAUAACCACUCCUUUUCUUGAGAUAUCAAACCAAUAUAUACAAAGCCUUUUUUGGAAAAGGGCUUUUGACUUCUGUGGCCUUCUUAUGUGUAUUUCUGAGACGUACAGGAACAAACAACUUUAUCCUGCCUGGUGUAUAGAAGAGAUCUGCAAAGGUUAAAUGCAUUUUUCACAAGUAUAAUGUUGAUGGUUUAAGGAAAAUGGUGCUGGUGCCCUUUAGCCUCCAGCCAGGGCUGAAUUUUCCAGACUACUCUGCCCAUCUUUAAAAGUCCUGGAAUAACAAAUUUCUUUAAGGUCUGUACAUAAACAUACCCUUCUCUGAAUUAAAAUACUGUGUUACUUCUUUACGAGUUAAGUAAUUAUAUUGCUAGAAGCAAUAUUUAGCCAUUAUGAUAAGCUUAAAAUAGAUAUCGAUACAUUUUGUUUUUCUGAUAGACCUUGGACUUGUUUAUUCUUACAUGUGUGUUGAAAUCAAUUGUUUUUCAUCGACGGCCUUGUGAGCUGAGGUUCUGUCGUGACAAGUAUGUGUCUUCUGUUUCCAUGUUGAUUUUUAAGGCUUACCUGAAGUAAAUAUGCGUGUGCUCUCUCUUCACAACACAACUCGGAUACCUAACCUGUUGGGGUUUUUUUCCCCUCAGUAUUAAUGAAAUCUUGCAUGUAGUUUGCUUUUUAUGGCGCUUGAAUGUACCAAUAUGGAUGAUUUGGUUAAUGUUGUCUCAAAUAUUUGUUUUGAAAUCUGAGUUCCUAGAGUUAUCAAACUGAGAUUAUUGCACUUUACUUCUCAACACUUCCAGCUGAUGUAACUUCUAAACAAGACUUUUUGUUUUUAAGAUGACGGUGUCUUAGAGCAAAAAACGAGAACCCUAAAGCCAAGAAUCUUUUGUCCUUCAACAGCCACUAUUAUUAUUCUAUCUUCUCUGGAGACAUGUAGAAAUAAUUCUCUGGUAUUUCCUGAAAACUGCUACUCUGUUAUUAUAGGCUAUCCAAAAAGAUGGGAAAGAAGUGAGAUGCAGGUUAAAAUUUUAAAUCUGGUAUAUCUUUCAUGUCACAGGCUAUGUCUGUUUAUAAGAAAUAUUUUGUAAUUAAGCAUAUUUAUUGAUUCACUCAUAAUAAGAAAAAAGAGACCUCAAAUUAACCUGAAAUAUUGCAGAACCAUUCUUUAACACAGAAAGUGAUCGUCAUCAGUACUCCCCUUUAUCUGUGAAAUAGAGAUAUGAGAGCUUUCCUUAUGAAAUAACAGAACUAUGGCAUU